AUGCGAGUCCAUCUCCUCUGCUACGGGCGCAUCCGCGGGUUCAGCAACGGUGUCGCUCUUCAAAGCGUGUCCAUCACCCGCGUGGAAGAUGCCCCGAUGUGCAAGAAUACGAAGAAAGAAGGAAAUGGAAAAAUCUUCCGCCCGUGCGGAUACUGCUACCGCGGGCCCGGAGGCGUCGUCUACCGGACCAAGUUUGGACGGGCGUGCUGCGGCGGGUGCCGCGCCAUCUAUGGUGAACCCAAGGUCAAGCCGUGUCUGGAAUCACCGAACUGCGGCAGGUUCCAGAGCGAGAGGCUCAAGCCGAUGCAAAUGUCUGACCGCACCGUUAUCAACGGAGCAUGCCAAAAGUGUAUCAAGGACAACCUCUACGACUACAAACAGCUCUACGAAAGCGGGCACCGCGAUGGC